UUCACAUCUUCAAUCAAACAUAGUUAAUAUGAUGAUUGGACGAUUCCUCAACUUCUUUGCCAGUCCAACACCAAAACAAUGGUCCUUUCGUUCUCUUAGAUACCAAAAAUAUCACUCUCACCCUUUCAUGUCUGUCUCUUCUUCUGUUGAUAAUCAUUCAGGAGGAAAAAUGUCUGCAGCAGGUCACAAUGCCAAAUAUGGAAUCAACAACUUGCAUACUACUAGUUCAGUUGUUGAACAAUCAGAAAAAGAAGAGGUUGAAGAUUCCAUGUGGAUGAAGAUGAAAGAAGAAGCUAAAGUUGAUGUCACUGUUGAACCUAUUUUGUCUGGUUACUAUCAUGUUUCAAUUUUUUCUCAUAAAUCUUUGGAAAGUGCUUUGGCUAAUCACCUAGCUGUUAAGUUAAGUAAUGUAAGCCUUACUAGUACAACACUUUAUGAUCUUUUUAUUAGAAUUUUUGAACAUGAUGCUGAAAUUAUGGAUGCUGUUAAGAAUGAUAUGAAAGCAGUUAAGGAAAGAGAUCCUGCUUGUAUAACUCAUGUUCAUUGUUUCUUGAAUUUCAAAGGCUUUUUAGCAUGUCAAGCUCAUAGAAUAGCUCAUAAUUUAUGGUCAAAUGGAAGGAAGGUUUUGGCUGUUAUAAUUCAGAAUCGAGUUUGUGAAGUUUUCGGAGUUGAUAUUCAUCCGGGAGCGAGGUUCGGAAGUGGAAUAUUGUUCGAUCACGCGACGGGGAUUGUGGUAGGAGAAACGGCUGUGAUUGGAAACGAUGUGUCCAUUUUGCAUGGUGUAACAUUGGGAGGGACUGGUAAGGCUCAUGGUGAUAGGCAUCCUAAGAUUGGUGAUGGAGUGUUGAUUGGUGCUGGAACUUGUAUUUUGGGGAAUAUUAAGGUUGGUGAGAGUGCUAAAAUUGGUGCUGGUUCUGUUGUGAUUAAGGAAGUGCCUCCUAGGACUACUGUUGUUGGCAAUCCGGCAAAGUUGGUUGGAGGGAAGAACAAUCCUAUUAAGCUUGAUAAGAUUCCUAGCCAUACUAUGGAUCAUGUUUCACACAUGUCUGAGUUUUAUGAUUAAGUUAUUUAGAAUGAUUUACAUGAGAGAUUUAUGAUUAAGUUAUUUAGAAUGAUUUGCAUUUUCAUGUUGACAAUUUCGGAUUGAGUGUCUUAGAUUGAGAGUUCUUGUUUGUUAUGUAAGAGAGAGUCUUAGUUCUAUGGUAUUAUUACAAAUGCAGAAUUUGAAUAAAUAA